AUGCAUCACAAGAAAUCCGAGGUUCAGAUCGGGAAAGAUAGCAGUGGUGUCUCUUCCGAUUUCAAUCCUACUCCCACCAUUCCCAAUCAAUGGCCUCAUAAGCUCUCCAUUUUCAAGCUACAUUCAUCGCCGUCGCUGUGUUCACCGAUUUCUUUGUUGUCGAUUCAGUCGCCUGAUGGUAACCAUGAUUACAGCAAUGAUGUUACGACGACAAGUAGUAGCCCUGAUCAUGAGCAUCAGAUUGUGAUCGAUGAUGGUAAUUUUGAUUCAGUUGCUGUGCCGACGCCUCGAUCAACGCCUCAUAAACGACCUGUUUUCUCCCAAACGAAUUCCCUCACGAAAUCACCUACUCUGUCGAAUUCUCUUCAGGACUACUCGUUUUCGUCGAAGAAUCCUUACUCUAAGCGGUUUUGGAACACGAAGACCACCGCCAUCCACCUCCUCAACCGUCUCCGCCACCUCCGCCGCCUUCGGACUCACCUUAGGUUAAUCCUCUUACUAUCUCUCCCGUUUUUCUACUUCUUAGUAUCCCACCCUAGUCAUUCAUUCUUCCUCGAUUUCCUUUCGGCGUUUGCCUUCUCAGCUGCCUUAUUAUUCUCCCUCAAUCUUGCCCUCCCUCGCCUCCCUUCAAUCCGAUUGUUUCUUGCCAGAUCUUUCCCAAUCAAGCUGUCAUUGUCAGACAAGGUCUCCAGACCGCCAUUGCCGGUGUUCUGGUCAAUUGGUUCCCGACCAAAAAGCGAUCACAAGUGGAAUUCAGGGUGUUGGGUGCAGGCAUACAACAAUGGGGACGUGUAUGAGGGUGAAUUUCACAAAGGUAAGUGUUCUGGUUGUGGGGUUUACUACUAUUACAUGAGUGGGAGAUAUGAAGGGGAUUGGGUCGAUGGGAAGUAUGAUGGUUAUGGGGUGGAAACAUGGGCAAGGGGAAGCCGGUAUCGUGGGCAGUAUCGGCAAGGGUUGAGACAUGGAUUUGGUGUGUAUAGAUUCUAUACCGGUGACGUAUAUGCCGGCGAAUGGUCAAAUGGGCAGAGCCAUGGAUGUGGGGUCCAUACUUGCGAAGAUGGCAGUCGGUAUGUUGGAGAAUUCAAGUGGGGUGUUAAACAUGGUCUUGGCCACUACCGUUUCAGGAAUGGGGACACAUAUGCUGGAGAGUAUUUUGCAGACAAGAUGCACGGAUUUGGAGUUUACAGUUUUGCAAACGAGGCACGACGAGCAGCAGAGAAAGCAUAUGAUUUAGCCAAAGUGGACGAGAGGGUGAACAAGGCGGUGGCAGCCGCCAACAGAUCGGCCAAUGCUGCCAGAGUUGGCGCGGUGAAGGCUGUGCAGAAACAACUGCCCAACAGGAGCAACUGUGAUAACCAUUCUAACAUCUAUCAUCUAUCAAACUGAACCGUUUUGAGGAACCCAAUUGACACAUUUUGCUUGCAUUUUUACAUGUCCUUAGAGAGAGAGAGAGAGAGAGCAGGCAGCUUAUUGAUACAUAGUUUUUUUUUUGUUUAGUUUGGUAGAUGAGUGCUAGC